AUGCAUUCCAAUUCGUCCAAUCAUCAACAAUUGUUUGCCACUCAAAUCGACGACAUGAUCCAUACAUUCUUCAAUAGUUUUUCUAACAUGCUCCUCAAUCUGGUUGUUGUCAUCUCGCUCGAAGAUCUCUUCCAGACAUGCCUUGCACUGUCGAGUUUGUCGUGGAGGCAUGAUUCAGAAUCGCUUGAUUCUGAUACCAACAGAUGCAACGGAAACCUAGGAUUUGAUAAAUCAAUCACAAAUGUUGAUUUGUACACACAAAUACCAACGGCGACUCUUCCAAACCCGUUGAUUCACAGUUACGUGAAUACCGAAUCAAGGCAACAAUACACAAUCCAGCAAAGAAUUAAGUAUUGGAACAGAUGGAAACAAAAUAUUCUUUUAGUCAUUUCAAACCAAAAAGGUAGUGGACAUAGCAAUAAAGGAUCAAUGGGCAAUAAGAACAAGACAAAGAUGUAUUUCAUCAUUAUUCCCACUAGCCCUCGACAGCAAGCAAAUCAAGUUGUGUGUUCAACAGAAAAAACAAGGAAACAAGAGGUGUGCCUGGUUGGUGAUGAUGAGCUCACCAUAGGCAGGAGUUCGUAUAUCCAGAUUAACGAUAUCAAAACCAAUGGGGACGGAGAUGUCUGA